AUGCAGGAACGCGAACAGAAUUUACAACGGCAGCUCAGAGUUGUUCAAGAACGGGAUCAGUACUCUCAAAGCCAGCUAACGGAGUUUCGUCAACGUGAACAAAAUAUGCAGCGGCUGGUGAGAGAGCUACGGGAAGGAGAACAAAAUUCUCAAAGGCAGUUGACGGAGUUGCAGCGGCAGCUGAGGGAGAUAGGACAACAGUUGACCAAUUCCCGAGGACAAGUUUCUGAACUACAGUUAAGUCUUUCAACAGCUCAGCAAACAAUAAAUCAAUUGCGUAACCAGGGAGCACGUGACUGGGUUAUUCCCCGCGACGAAAUUCAAAUCACAGAAAAAUGCCUUGGGAGGGGAGGAUGGGGAAGUGUCAAUGAGGGAACGUAUUGUGGCUGUACUGUCGCAGUGAAAGAAAUCUACGAGUUGAUUCUCUCCCCUCAUAACAUACGUCUUUUUGAGAGAGAAAUGAAUAUUGCAUCCAAGUGUCGCCAUCCUCACUUACUACAGUUUAUCGGCGCCACAGUUGACGAGGGAAGUCCUCUGUUUGUCACCGAGUUGAUGGAGAAAAGUUUGCGGACUCUGUUAGAACAGCGGCUACUGUCCGAAAGAGAAAUACGCAUCAUUUCUUUGGAUGUAGCCCGCGCACUGAACUAUCUUCACCAGAAGAAACCAGAACCCAUCAUUCACCGGGAUGUCAGUAGUGCCAAUGUGUUGCUAUGGCGACAGGGUGACCAAUGGAGGGCCAAAGUGUCAGAUUAUGGCACUGCUAAUUUCAUGCAGCAGACCAUGACAGUGGCUCCUGGAGCUAUGAUUUACAGCGCACCUGAAGCACUUACAUCAAACCAAACAGUCAAGGUUAGUUUAAGUGAACAUUCAAGACUUUUUACUUACUAAAACUGUACAGCAAGGCUAACAGUGGCAGAAGUGAAAGUGACCUUUGUCCUUUCGCCCUCUUGUCCUGUCCAAAAACACUUCAACAUUCUUGAAUUAAAAAUGACCGUAUCUUUGUCAGGAGUCUUUGCACCUUGUUCGGCACUUUUUCCACUCUUUUAUGUUCUUCUCAAUGAAUUUUGUCCACGUAACUGGAUUUGUUAAUUUAUCCCUUCUUUUCUCUAAAGACAACAGUUAGAGGAUUGCAAAAGUUAGUAUUUUUAGAAGCAAAACAAUAAAGCCAAGAACUUACCUUGAAGGCUUUUAAGGAUCUUCUCUUUUCUAGGCUUUUCUUAUCAGUUAUCGAUGAUCAUCUAUUUGGUUUGAAUUCUCGAGAUUCUCCCUCUGGUGUUACUUUAACUCUUUUUGUAAUCAGUAUACCAAUAAUGAGUAAUGUAAAUAAAGAAUACUGUGGCAUAAAGUCAUGUAUUAUGAUUGUUUUUAGGUUGAUGUCUACAGCUUUGGUGCUCUUCUCUGUGAAAUGUGCAUCCGGGAACUGCCAGAUCCUACAAGGCGAGAAGAACAAGUCGUGCUGGUAACGAACGCUGUGUUUCGCGGCCUGGUACGGCGAUGCCUGCAGAGAGAGCGUGGGACGAGACCAACCAUGCACGGAAUAAUCGAUGAACUGGAAGAUGCCAAUGUAUCAUCUUAAUUGUAGAACCAACGCUACACCAUAUCAUUGAUAAUUCCUGGUAAUGUGUGCCCUUAGCUUGUUCCAGUCGUCCAGAUAGUGGGGAGUGGCGCGCGCUUUUAUUUGCGUAUUCCCACUAUCUGAAUGCCUGUGCUCUGAAAAUUGAAGAGGGCCCGGUGCUCUGAACCUGUGAAGAUUGUGAAAUCCAGGGUACCCAGGAUUUGAUUUAUGUGAAAAAAAUACUUCCUUUAUACCCAAGUGCAAGAUUAAGGCACCAGGCACUACCGGGCACUGGCAGAGAAAGCCCUGACUGGGCAUUUACUGGUAAAAAUAGCAGCUUCUGCUUGAAGAUUUAGUAUGGCCGGAUUUUCUGAUAUGAAUAAGUGUGUGUAUGAUCGUUAGAGUAACAAAAAUGAAAAAUGAUAGCUUUGUUUUUACAUAAUUAUGCAAUACAUUACUUACAAAAUAUAUUUUUACAUUUAUUCAGAUAUUGCUUUCUUAUGCCGGAACUUAUGAAGGUCAUACAGCCGAAGUAGACCGCAAUAUAAAUCAAAGAUAGGAGUAGAUAAUGUAGUCUGCGUCGCAGACGUAAUCUUAAUUCGGUUUAUAAUUUAGUAGUAACUUUCUUGUUCUGGGCCCUCAACGGACUGAAAGAAUUACCGGAAAUGCGUUUUGAUUUUCUCCUCCAUCUGAUUUACAAAUUAAUAAUGGUUUUUUUCAGUGGGUAACUGGCCAAUCAUAGCGCGUCCUCAAAUCUUGAUACACAGGUGGGGGCCCUGAUUGAACAAGGGUUUCGGCGCUGUUUUGCAGACGAACUUAACAAGAGGCUUUAGUUCCACCGUCUGUGGCGCAGGCUAUAGAUAUGGCGCUUAUUACAAGUUGUAGAAUGCACAAUUAAACACGCGUAGUGGUUAGCAGUUACGGUAGACUCAAAGAAGACAUUUAUAUUUGAGUUCAAACAGGGUGUACUUUAAUUCCAAUGAAGUAGGCUGUAGACGUGAAAUAGACUAACUUGACUGAAGAUACC